AUGAGUAUCAAAUUCGAUCGCUACUCGAUGAUGAUAGUUUCGAAAUAUUUCAGUAGUAUAAUUGAUUAUAAAAACAUGAUGUUUGUAUGUAAAAAGUUCCAAGAAAUACCCGAUAUGUUUCACUUUAAUCCAGUUUCAGUUACAUUCAAAACACAAAAAUAUUUUCCAAAUGUCGAGACACUGCACCUAUAUAAUAAUGAAGACAAAUUUAUAACAAAAUAUCGUCAGUAUUAUAUACACUACGCAAUUCCUCUUAACAAAUAUUUACAAAUAAACAACAAAGGACGGCGUGUUAUAUGUCCACAGAUAAUUUAUACCGAUACUUAUGAAUAUCACGCCUUAUCCUAUAAAAAAGCAACUAUUUUCUUAGACAAAACGUUUUAUUAA